UUACAACGAAACAAAACUUCUCUCUCUCUCUCUCUCUCUCUCUCUCUCCAAUUCCAAAAUGUCGCCGUCAACCGGAAACAGCAGCAAAAUCCGGCGCAUUGUGCGACUCCGACAAAUGCUUCUCCAAUGGCGUAAGAAAGCGCGAUUAGCGGCGCACGAUGUGCCGGAAGGACACGUGGCGGUGUGUGUGGGACCCAGCAUGAAAAGGUUCAUUGUGCGCGCUAGUUACUUGAAUCACCCGAUCUUCAAGAAGCUUCUGAUGCAAGCGGAGGAAGAGUACGGGUUUCGUAACCAUGGACCACUCGCUAUACCCUGCGAUGAAUUUCUAUUUGAAGAGCUUCUUCGGGUUAUGGCCCGACCCGAACCCAGAUUAUACACGCUUGAAGAUUUAAAGAGACGUUGCCACGUGGAUGUGCGAAAUAGUACUACAACUUUUGAGUUAGUAAAAGAAUCAAGGCCUUUGCUUCAUGAUGGCCCAAUCUGCUGAUUUCACUCUCUUUUCAUGGAAAAUACAAAUACACUAACUUUUUUUUAUUUUUUUUUAAUUGUUUUUGUAUUUUUAGUCCUCAUGAUUGAUGUUAGGUGAGUUUCUUUUAGGAAAAAAAAAAUACUAUUUAUUAAUGAAAGGAUUAUCAAAGGAAAAUAUUAGUAGGGUUUUUUAUUUUUAUUAUUAUUAUUUUUAUUUUUAUUUUUAGACGUAACGAUAAAUACUCGUUACAAUUCUUGAAUUAUUUUGAUCAAUUUCAAAGGAUGCUUGCAAAGAGUGUUCCUCUUUUUGACGAAGUGUCCCCUUUUCUUAAGAAUAAACUUAGUGUUGUUAUUUUA